CUAGGAAACGAGUUUUGUCCAUGUUGCCGAGGCGAAUGGAAGAUUAAAGCUGCUAGCAGGAAUGCUAUUUAAUUUAUUAACAGACACUUAACAUAUUUCUCACGAGGUUUCGAAUAUACGCCGAAUAAUGGUGAAGUUGAGGGCAAGAUGUCUGCUUCUCGGGGAUGCUGCAGUGGGAAAAAGUUCUCUUUCUCACAUCUUCUACAAUGAUGGAUCUCUGUUCCAGAAGAACUAUAGCUUGACAACAGGAGUGGAGCUGGUGAUGAAAUGUAUCAACAUUCCAGAGACCAACGACUCCGUGGAGCUCUAUAUCUUAGACUCGGCGGGGAAGGAGACGCUAGUGGAGGGCUGCGAGAGAAUGGUCAGAAGCUGCUCUGGAUUCUUCUGUUUUCAUUUGCACGAAACUAAUGAGUGGGGGGAGCCAUCUUUGCUGUGUCUGGUGUUCGAUUUGACCAAUGAGCAGUCUUUCGCUAACUGCACAUGUUGGAUGGAAAGAGUCCAAGCACACUGCAAAGGCCUCCGUGUCCCAGGUGUUCUUGUGGGCAACAAGUUGGAUCUAUCAGCUAGAAGGGAAGUACAGGCGUCCGUGGCCAAGGAGUGGGCCCAAAGCAAGGGACUGGAGUACCACGAGACAUCAGCUAGAGAGAUGGUCAACUGUGACGCCCCCCUCCUCAGCUUAGCACAGUCCUUCUACUCUCUCUACCAGGAGCAGCGUGAGAUCAUGCAGAACCUUGGGCCGGGCUAGACUCCUCUUCCUUCACCACAGAGCUCGCAGCCGUUUGAGACGAACCACUGUGAAGGAAAUGCUUUAGGCAAACAGGAUUUUCUGACAAGGACACUGAAAGGCUUGCUGGUUGUUUUUGUUUUAAUUAAAGGACUAAAUGAGGAGCAA